UAACCAUGUGAUCUCCACAUAUCAGCAUCAAUAAAAUACACCCACCCGCACACAAAACAAACUCAAACACUUAAAAACCAACCAAGCUACUGAUCAACAGACAACAUAGGAUCAAAACAAUGAGGGUCUUAAACUGCAACUCAACACCCACACUCUCAUCAUCUUCCACAAUUUACCAAACAAGAACACAAACUAAGAGACACCCAAUUCUUAUAAGCUCAAACCUCAAGAACCCAGAUACCAAUUGGCCAAAAAAAACCUUACUUGGAGCAGCCACUGGAAUUCUUUCAUUCAAUCUCUUACUCUCUUCUCCAUUUUUCUCACUUGCUUCAUCAGUUUCAUCACAGUCCCCUUUUUUACAAUUACCUUCUCCUCCUUCUGAGCAAUGCCAAGAACAAGAAGGAGAAGAAUUGGAGCAGAAUAAAGAAAGUUUUAGCAAUGAGGGAAUUGUGGAGGAAGCUUGGCAAAUUGUUAAUGAUGGGUUUCUUGAUAGUGGGCGUCAUCGUUGGACUCCUGAAUCUUGGAAGCAAAAAAAGGAAGAUGUUUUGAGUAGUUCUAUACAAAGUAGAUCAAAGGCUCAUGAUUUGAUUAAGAGAAUGCUUGCUAGCUUGGGUGACCCUUAUACAAGAUUUCUCUCUCCUGCUGAGUUCUCGAAGAUGGCAAGGUAUGACAUGAGUGGUAUUGGAAUAAACCUCAGGGAAAUUCCAGAUGAUGGAGAGGUGAAACUGAAGGUGCUAGGACUCCUACUGGAUGGACCUGCCCAGACUGCCGGUGUAAGACAGGGAGAUGAAGUUUUAGCUGUUAAUGGAGAGGAUGUCAAAGGGAAAUCAGCAUUUGAAGUAUCAUCAUUGUUACAAGGCCCAAAUGAAACAUUUGUGACUAUUAAGGUAAAGCAUGGCAAUUGUGGGCCCAUUCAAUCCUUAGAGGUUCAGAGACAAUCUAUUGCUCGCACACCAGUCUUUUACCGCUUGGAACAAGUAGACCAAGGCAGCAGUUCUGUCGGGUAUAUGCGCCUAAAAGAGUUCAAUGCAUUGGCCAGGAAAGACUUGGUAAUUGCAAUGAAACGACUUCAGGACAUGGGCGCUGCAUAUUUUGUUCUGGAUCUUAGAGACAAUCUCGGUGGGCUAGUGCAGGCUGGUAUUGAAAUUUCAAAGCUCUUCCUAAAUGAAGGCGAGAAGGUGAUUUAUACUGUUGGAAGGGAUCCCCAGUACCAAAAUGAAGUAGUUGCUGAUGCUGCACCGUUGGUUACGGCUCCUCUUAUUGUUUUGGUGAACAGCAAAACUGCUAGUGCAAGUGAAAUUGUAGCCUCUGCACUUCAUGAUAACUGUAGAGCAGUCCUCGUGGGAGAAAGAACAUUUGGCAAGGGUUUAAUUCAAUCAGUUUUUGAGCUUCAAGAUGGGUCUGGAGUGGUUGUCACUGUCGGGAAGUAUGUCACACCAAAUCACAUGGACAUAAAUGGCAACGGAAUCGAGCCCGAUUAUAGAAAUCUACCAGCUUGGAGUGAUGUUACACAGCAUCUAUCGCAAUGCCGCAUGAAUCAACGGGGAUAAAGCCAAGUUUCUUGCAUUACAAUCCGUGUUGAGGUGAAAGUGAAAAUGUGAUAUAAUCAGCUGCCGCCCUCUAGUGGUUGUGCUCAUCAAGCUAACAUGGAUCUUACUGACAUAAAGAAUCUAAAAUAGCAUAUGUUACCACAGUUGAAUCAGCUUUACCUUUUAAGAUAUUGCAAAAAAUUUCAUUGUAUUUUCUGGUUGCAAUUGCAAAUGUCAUAUUGAUAAUACUGGAGGAUUACAAUCGCUACUCGAUUCAUAAUUUUCGGUGGCUUCACUGGAAAUAUUUAGCUAUCGUUUUACCAAACUUAUGCUGGAUAAGGCAAUCCUAAACUUCAAAUUUUUCA